UAGCGGAAGCAGCCAGCCGCCGGCGGAGACACUUCGCAGCGUGGCAGCCCGGGUCUGCGCCUGAAGCCUCCGGAUCCCAGCCAGCUUUGGUCCAGCCCUCGCCAGUCGCAAUCCCCAGUGCCCAAGCCAGUCUUCGCCGCGAGCGGCAGCAUGCGUGCAGUGUCGCGCCCCGGGCUCUGAAAGCAGCCUGUGGACACGCUUGCUUGCCUGUCUUUUCAGGUUUUGGGGCUCUUGGCUACACGAAUGUGCCUCCCUCCCUUGGCAUGAUGGGGAUCUUUUUGGCGUCUGUUGGAUUUGUGUUCUUUUCCGUGUUAUAUGUACAACAAGGGCUUUCUUCUCAAGCAAAAUUUACCGAGUUCCCGCGGAACGUGACUGCGACCGAGGGACAAAAUGUGGAAAUGUCCUGUGCUUUCCAAAGCGGCUCUGCUUCAGUGUACCUGGAGAUCCAGUGGUGGUUCCUUCGGGGACCAGAGGACCUGGAGCAUGGGACUGAGGCAGCCGGCUCUCAGGUGGAGCUCUUACCCGACAGAGACCCGGACAACGACGGGACCAAGAUAAGUACAGUGAAAGUCCAAGGCAAUGACAUCUCCCACAAGCUUCAGAUUUCCAAAGUGAGGAAAAAGGAUGAAGGUUUAUAUGAGUGCAGGGUGACUGAUGCCAACUACGGGGAGCUACAGGAACACAAGGCCCAGGCCUACCUGAAAGUCAAUGCCAACAGCCAUGCUCGGAGGAUGCAGGCCUUUGAAGCCUCACCUAUGUGGCUACAAGACAUGAAGCCUCGAAAGAAUGCAUCAUCAGUGGUUCCUAGCAGCAUCCACAGCUCUGCCAACCAACGAACGCACUCCACCUCCAGCCCUCAAGCGGUAGCCAAAAUCCCCAAACAAAGUCCACAAUCAGCAAAGAGCAAAUCGCCUGUAAAAUCUACGGAGCGGACAGCAAAGUUGACCCUAAACUCCAAGCACCAUUCUGCACCCCUGUACUCUAGUUACCUACACAAGGAGCGUCAGCUUCCGGAAGCAUAAGUGAAGAGGCUGACACACGCUUUAUUGAUAGUAUUUUCUUUGGGAAGUGGCUGAUCUUUUAUUUGAAGAGAAUUAAUGUGAAGCGAUAGGACAUUUUCUAAUAACAAGAUCUAUUUUUUCCCUCUUCUUUCAACAAAUAAAAUCUACAUUUCACUGACUGCUCAAGAGUUGGCCUGAAAGUCAUCAGUAUAGUAAAUAUUUCCAUGGAUUUCACCAAUUUCCUACCAAGGGACACAUAAUCUGAAUGAAGCAAACAAAGAUGGAAAGCCUAAGAAAUGUAAACUAUCUUCAAACAGCACCCCAGCUGGGGGAAAACAAAAAAACAAAAAACAAAAUGCUGGACACUGCAAAUCAACAACAGGCAACCUUUAUUUUACAUAAGGAAGAAUCAAAAGCAAGUUUUGAUUUUUUGGUUUUUUUUUUUUAACUUCUUUUUCCCCUUGGAAUUUUCCUUGGAGUUUCCCUUCUUUUCCUCAAUCGCCGUCCUUGUUCCGUGGUAGCAAGUGCCAAUUAUGGCCAAUUCUAGUCAAUCCUGAGAGGCUUAUAUUCAUACACAUUGAGUGUGCUAUAUUUCAAUGUAUUUUAAUUCAUUUUGCAAUUUCUGUGUAUGCAAACCUGGCAAAUUCUGUAAAUUGCUUAUAGUAUGUGUGAUAUGACUUCAAGGUAGAUAGAUAUGACCCUCAUGCAAGCUAACUUUCUUCAUUCUAUAUACAAAUAUAUACAUGAGCAUAUAUUAGGCUGCCAACUUCUUUUCCUAAAGCAUUAUUUUUCAUCUGUAACUCAUGUAUUGUGUGAGUUUUAUAGUGUGUUUCUCUGUUCCACUGGUUUGACAGCUAAGGUUUGUCUCUGUUGUCCUCUGCUUCCUCCUGGAAAAUGCAUAUUUAAAUUGUAUAUGUCUCUGAUAAAUGAAUUAAUUUUGUUGUGUGUAUGCCAUGUUGGAAUUUGCUGCGUUCCUUUAUAUGUGUGUUUAUUGAGGUUUGGGGAUCUCAAGUCUGAAGAAUGCACAUCCUGGUUUUGACAGAUCUCGUCAUGUUAUCAAUAUUCUAUCUCAGAAAUAGAAUGAGGCCAAGUGGGAAUGCUGAAGAAGACAUUUUGACUCCUCAGGUUCCUGGAAGAGCACUUCACACUCAGAGUAAAUAACGCUGCUUCCUUGGUUCUUCAAGAAUUUUUGUAGCUUUGUCAUUCUGUUAUUUGCUGCUAAUUAUAUUUCAAUGUCUACUAAUUAAAAUUUAAAAUGUGAUUGUUGGCUGAAUAUAAUAUGCAAAUGACUGCAAAGCCCAUACUGAAGAAGAUAGGUGUUCAAUCUUCACUCAUUAAUUAUAAUUUUAAAUAUUCCAUGGUUAUUUUUGACUUUAUGAUAUUUUGUUUAGACCUAUUCCAAAUAAAUCUUUCUCUGGCAAAGAAAGAUAGAACAACUAAUACAAUCCUUCCUCCAAAAUAUAAUAGUUAUGGCUUGAGAAAGAAUGCAUCCAGAUAGUCUUCCAGAAAGAUUACUUUAUUUACUUUUAUUAUAAAUUCAGAACACCAUCUAUUUAGGAAUGGUCCAUUCCCAGCUUAAGGUCCUAAAGUGAAGCUUAAAGGCUAUGAAUACCUUUGAUUAUUUUAAGGUAAAGGGCUGGACUCUGCCAUUCACUUAUAAGCAAUGUGCAUAUUUUUAUAACAUUCUUGACAUUUUCUUUUAAGAAAUAUUGCUUCAUGCUAAAUCUUUCCUUGCCAUUUUUCUUAUUUCAUUUGAUUCAUUAUUUCAUUCUAAUGAGAAAAAUAAAGGUUUAAUUGUGAUACUUUAUUAACAUACAAAUGUAUUUUCUUUCAAAGUUAAAUAUCUGAAAGUUGUAUAAAAUGAUGAUAGGUAAAUAUUGCCUGUUAAGUCUCUUUGAGCUUUAAGAGUUCCAUACAUUGAGGCAUAUAUUAAUAUACUAAUUUAACAUCAACCAAACUGGGAAAAACCAUCAUGUAUUAUAUUUUUACUCAAUGUCCAGUUAAUGAUAUCAGCCAAUUCUACAGUAAGCCAAACUUGUACCCACAUCAGUAAUGUUCAUCAUGCUUGUAAUAAAAGAGCACAUGCUAGUUUGGGAAGAAUGCUCACUAGAUUCAUUGUAUCAGUGUCCAAAAUAAUAAAGACCUGUUUAUCACUGUG